CGUCGUUUCAGACUUCCCGUGAGGGGGGGAUGAGAUUUUUACCUUAGUACGUACCACCAAGAAAUAUCGAACCAAGGUGAAGAAUCGCCAUUGGAAGUCAAGAUUCUUUCAUAAAUAGUCUGAUUUAAAAAAAAGAGAGACGGUAUUAAGAUACCCUUUGAAUUUUGAAGUCAUAAUUCUCAAGAACGACGAACAUUGGUACAAGAUACAAUUUAGAACGAAAAAGUAGAAAAACGAACUAGUUAAGACGAUGGACGAAUCUGGAGAUUUAACGGGUCAAUGGAGAUUUGCCCAAUGUUUUGGCGACAAGGGUGAUGUUGAAGACAUUACAGAGGCUGAUAUUAUUUCGGCGGUAGAAUUUGAUCAUACAGGCGACUAUCUUGCGACUGGUGAUAAAGGAGGACGAGUAGUGCUAUUCGAACGGAACCAUUCCAAAAAAGGGUGCGAGUACAAGUUUUUUACCGAAUUCCAAAGUCAUGAACCAGAAUUCGACUACUUAAAGUCGCUAGAGAUUGAAGAAAAAAUUAACAAGAUUCGUUGGUGUCGUCGAACAAAUCGAGCGCACUUCUUGUUAUCUACAAAUGACAAGACAAUCAAAUUAUGGAAGCUUUAUGAAAAAAAUCUAAAGGUUGUUGCUGAAAACAACCUUUCUGACGAAUUUCGUCACCCUCGACCUGUGUUAAAACCCUUCACCUUACCCAUGCAGUUAAAGCUUCCUCGCCUUAGUCAUCACGAUACGAUUGUUGCUGCGUAUCCUCGUCGAGUUUAUUCCAAUGCCCAUGCUUACCACAUCAACUCAAUUAGUGUGAAUUCUGAUGCUGAGACUUACAUUUCAGCAGAUGAUCUUCGCAUUAAUUUAUGGAACUUGGGCAUAUCAGAUCAUUCUUUCAAUAUUGUGGACAUUAAGCCUGAUAACAUGGAGGAACUAACAGAAGUUAUUACCAGCGCUGAUUUUCACCCAAUCAAUUGUAACCAUCUAAUGUACAGUAGUAGCAAAGGUAAUAUUAAACUUUUAGACCUUCGUCAAUCCGCUCUUUGUGAUAAUCAUACGAAGCUUUUCGAGGAUCAAGGCGACCAGGAUUCAAAGAGUUUUUUCUCAGAAAUUAUAUCCAGCAUUUCAGACAUUAAGUUCUCUCAAGAUGGCCGUUACAUUUUAUCUAGGGAUUAUCUAUCGUUAAAGAUUUGGGAUAUAAAUAUGGAAAAGAUGCCGGUUAAAACAAUACCUCUUCACGAUGUAUUGAGAUCCAAACUUUGUGAUCUUUAUGAAAAUGACUGUAUCUUUGAUAAAUUCGAAUGCACCUUUUCCGGAGAUGGAAAACAUGCUUUAUCAGGAAGUUAUAGUAACAAUUUUGGUAUCUAUCCUACGGAUAGCUCUAAACUUGGUGAUGAAGGUCAAGUUGUGUUACAAGCUGAUAAGGCCGCUUUUCGUGCUAGAAAAUCAGCCGCAAGUUCUACAGUCAAAUUAAAUUCUAUGAAGAGUAACGAUUGGGAUUCCAGGUCACCUGCUCCCAUGGGCUCGGCUUCCAUUGGACUUGAUCCUGACCAACUUGAUUACAAUAAGAAGAUUUUGCAUGCCAGCUGGCAUCCCUUCGAAGACUCUGUUGCUAUUGCCGCAACAAAUAAUUUGUUUGUGUUUAGCAAGCUCUAAGAUGUCAAUGUGUAACUCUUGUCUUAUUUCUUUUGAUAUUUACAAUAUCGAUGAGCACGUUUUGUUAUUAGACGGACAUAAAAGUCAACUUCAGCCUGUUUGCUUUUUUGUCUAGUAACUAAUUUUUAACGGAUUUGUAUUUUGUUACAUGUGUUUGGUCAAUGAUUAAUGACGGGAAGUAAAACUUCAAGGACUAAUGAUUAUAUCUUCGUUUGUAUAUUCCCUUUUGCUCUCCCCUUUCCCCUGUUUGUCAAAAAUAUUGUUCUUUGCUAUAUUUUUAGCUUAAUUUUUCCUUUUUUUAAAGAAGAUCAAUAUGGCGAAAAUACUGUUUCAAUGAAGAAUUAUCCUCGAAGUUUAAUAUUAAAAGGAUGCUACUCUUUCUAAAGUUCUUAAUAUGAUAAUAAGAAUAAGAAGUUUGGUGUUCUAAUAGCUAUUGGAAUGUACCCGUGAAGGGGAAAGAAAGAAGGGGAGUGCUCAAUGAAUGAGCAUGAUUCGAGCUAUCAUUUUUUAUUCAUACUGGUGAUGGAACUCCCCUAGAAAUGACUGUUCAGGGAGGUUGUUGGUGCAUCGUGCUCAGAGAAUAAUGUUUACAUCUUUAAAGCUAAUUUUUAUGGAUGAAUAAAAGUCAGUACAACAAAUAGUUCUAAAAAGUCUUUGUUAUAACAUUAUCAACAUUAACAUUAAAGUAAGAUUUAAAUUAUGAGAAAGGCAAAGAAUGCAUCCAGUUACUUAAAAAAGACCAGUUGCAAAGUGAUUGCAAGUAAUACGUGAAGGACGAUAACCCCAGCUAUGGAAAGCUUACACAAAUAUGUUCCUGCUUGUUGACAAACAGGAUACAAGUUACGGAUAAGAAAGACAAGUGAGAUGCCCAGUCCAACAGAUGUUAAUAUCCAUUUGACGAUAUGGGAAAUGAAAGAAGACAAUAGACUGAAAGGAGGAGUCAUUAACGAAACGGGGAGCCAGCUAAUGUUAGCAUAACCGUAUAUGCAUACGCAAUCGAGCAACUUUGGGUUGCACUUGUUCCAAACCAAGAAUCCCCAAAGUAUGACUGAAGCAAUGGCCGUGUAACCAUAAAUGAUAGAAGUGGCAGAAACCAGCUUACCAAUGGAAUAAGGAUUGUCUAUAGACCCUGUGAGAUGUCGCACAUAGUCAGUGAUGGAAUUCGAAAAGAACAAUGCUUGAACUACCGUAGUUGUUAUCCAAAAGGGCCCAUAUAAAUCAGGCCUAUCAUCGAUAACAUCAAAAAAAUUUGCUGUAGGAAUUAAUGUAUGUAUACACCGUUGCACUACGUCUUUUGUGGUUACGCGGAAGGAGUCUUUGAUUGUCCAAGUGGGUUCUUGCAUGGAAGCACGACGAGCAUGUAAUCUAGGGCUUAUAGGUUUUGAUAUAGGUGUAUGCUGCUUAAGAAGAUUGUCAUCUUCAAAUGUAGUUCUUCCCAAUUCAGCAUCUGGCUCUAUGUUGUAAUUCUCAUUCAUUUUGGUAGUUGAUGGACAAGGGCUAGCCAAUAAUUGAGGGUAACAGGAAAACAAUUAAAAUGAAGG